CUAGAACUGCACGAACCAACAAGAAGCCUGUGGGUGGUGGUCGAUUCGUUCAGCCUUUUUUACAGUAAAAAGCAACUGAAUUAACUGGCACGCUAAUUUGGAGUAGCACUACCUAAAUCAGUUAAUUAAGCCCAGCUUUCCCUCAAUCUGCUGAAAAACAUCCCCACAGCAUGAUGCUGCCACCACCAAGCUUCACCGUAGGGAUGGUGCCAGAUUUCCUCCAGCUGUGACGCUUCACAUUCAGGCCAAAGAGAUUUGUAGAGGCCAGACUGGCAUCCCAACUGGACCGCUACAAGUAAGAUCUGCUAGUAGUAAGCCCAUAUCUGACCAGGGUUUUGGUCAGUUCCAAUGCAAUUCAGUCUAUUCAGAGAUGCAGUGAACCAAAUGGGUCGUUGUGUCUUUCUGUUCCUGCUGCUACAGACCCUGCAGACAUUGGCCGAAGAUGGCCAGUUGCUGUGCGUGUGUGAGGGCAGCGGCUGCCUCAACUCCCCCCAGUGCGAGGGCUCUCAGUGCUACUCGUCGGUGGCGGUCAGUAGCCAUGGGGCCGUAGUAACACGGGGCUGCCUGCAGGGAUCAGAGAAGACCCGUUUGAUCUGUUCUACGGCCUCCUCCCUCAGCCAUGCCCUGCUCUGCUGCUCCAGCUUCAUGUGCAACCGCAAUACUACCGCCAGCUCACUACUGCCCCUCCUCACUACAGCUCCAGAAGAAGAGCCUGUGAGGUAUCGUGUGGAGACUCUGGCCCUGUUUGUAUUGGGUCCAGUAGUGAUCCUAACCCUCCUGUCAGUCCUAUCUGUGUUGGGCUGCAGGAGGCUGCACCACGGCAGGCUACAGCGACUACAGGAGUUUGACCCAGAACAGGAUGCGAUUGACGGACUCAUCACCUCUAAUAUUCGGGACGGCACUCUGGCUGAGCUGUUGGACCACUCCUGUACGUCAGGCAGUGGUUCAGGCCUGCCCUUCCUGGUCCAGAGAACUGUGGCCAGACAGAUCAGCCUGAUGGAGUGUGUAGGUAAGGGGCGUUAUGGAGAGGUCUGGAGGGGUCAGUGGCAGGGGGAGAACGUGGCUGUGAAAAUCUUCUCCUCCCGAGACGAGAGGUCGUGGUUCAGAGAGACUGAGAUCUACAACACAGUGCUUCUGAGACACGAGAACAUACUGGGCUUCAUGGCGUCAGAUAUGACGUCUCGGAACUCCAGCACCCAGCUCUGGCUUAUCACACAUUACCAUGACAACGGCUCGCUCUACGACUACCUCCAGAGGGUUCCCGUGGAGACGGGGGAGGGCCUAGCGAUGGCGACGUCAGUGGCGUGCGGUUUGGUGCACCUGCACACGGAGAUCUUCGGCACUGAGGGGAAGCCGGCCAUCGCUCACCGAGACCUGAAGAGCAAGAAUAUACUGGUGACCAAGGAGCUACGCUGUUGUAUAGCUGAUCUGGGCCUGGCGGUAACCCACUCCCAGUCAGACAACCAGCUGGAUGUAGGAAACAACCCCAAGGUGGGCACCAAGCGCUACAUGGCUCCUGAGGUGUUGGAUGAGUCCAUCCAGACAGACUGUUUUGAUGCCUAUAAGAGAGUGGACAUCUGGGCCUUCGGUCUGGUGCUGUGGGAGAUCGCUAGUAGAACCUACAGCAACGGUAUUGUGGAGGAGUACAAGCCUCCGUUCUAUGACCAGGUGCCUAACGACCCCAGCUUUGAGGACAUGAGGAAGGUAGUGUGUGUGGAACAACAACGACCGUUCAUCCCCAACCGCUGGUUCUCCGACCCUACCCUGUCUGCCCUGGUGAAACUGAUGAAGGAGUGUUGGUACCAGAACCCCUCGGCUCGCCUCACAGCCCUGCGCAUCAAAAAGACCCUGAACAAGAUCCAUAGCUCCCUGGAGAAAGGAAAGAAGUCGUGAGGAGAGGAAAGGAGGAUGACUGCCAGAGGAGAGAUAGAAAGAAGGCAGGGAAGUAGAGAUGCCAGAUCAGAUGGACACAGCUGCUGCUACUGAACAUGAAUGUUGUUUUCCUUAUUGGCUGAAUGCUGAACUGAACUAGCUGGUCACUCAGUGUGAGAGAUGGUGGUACCGUAGCCUUCCCCUGCUUUAAAGGCCUGUGCACGCUGCAUGGGUCAAGGCUGGGGCUCAGACCCUCUACACACACGCACUUCUGCCCAUUUGUCAUUCAAUGUUCAGCCAAUCAUAUUAUGUUGCUCUACUCAGACAAUCAGAUGUGUAUUCCAAUGUAGCUACACACAUGAACGAACACACACACACACAAAAUAUUGAGUUCAGUUACACAGGAACAGAGCCAAUAGGAUCAAAUGAACGCUGUGGUUGUGAACUCUAUAGUAAAAUAUUUAUGUAAUGUGCUUUAUGUGUAGGGUGGGACUAUGAUGAUUUGUAAUGUUAUGACUAGGAGUUUGGGAGUUGGUCAUGGUAAGGAAAAACUGAUUACAUUACAAGGAAACUUUAUGUACCCAUGUAAAUGCAGUUUUUUUGGGCUGGUAAGAUAUUGUGUAUUUACAAAGGAAGUCAGGAGACAUGCCUCCACAUGCUUUGAAUUGUGAGCUGUGAAUGCAUUACAGUUAGAAAUAUAGGAACCACAUACUGAUUCACUGUUGUAUGCUUUGUAGAAUUCCACCCAGUGCUCUUGAUUUAGCUCACACCCGCGCCAUGUUGGCAGAGUUUUCACCUUGGGGCCAAUUGACUGGUUUCAAAAGCUAUAAACUCUGCCUACCCAGAGUGCAGGGCCGGCUCUAGCCUUUGAGGCCCUAAACCAGAUGUGGUUGUGGGGCCCCCCACCUCGCGACAAAACAUUUUAGUGGGCCCCAUCUUCGCGGCAGAGAGAGUUUUUUUUAAACAUGAUUUUCCUGUGUUCUAUAUAUUUCCACAGUAUGAGGUUGGAAUAAUACUGUGAACAUGAUGAUAAUGCCCUUUUAGUGUAGUAGCUGUUUGGGAUUUUGGACAGUUUUGGUGGGAGGACGUUUUGGCCUUCCAUGGUAACAUCAUCAUGUGGUAAAUUAGUUAAUAGACCAAUAAGAAAGAGUUCCAAACCUCUCUGCCAAUAACAUUUUUAGUUGUCCACUCCCAGACAGUGCUAGUAAAGUUUUUUGCCUUAGAAAUUACUCUUACUAAGAAACUAUUUUUGUUUGUUUUCAAUUAAAAUUGUCAAAAAUAAUCACAGGUACUUAAAGGUAUACUUCUGUAUUUUAGCAAUGAAGUCCUUUAUCUCUUUCCCCAGAGUUAGAUGAACUGGAUACCAUCUGUAUGUCUCUGCAUCCCGUAUGAAGUCAGUUGUAUCUGCUAGCAUGUGCUAGUAUCCACGAGUUCAUCUGACUAUGGGGAUGUAGAAAAGGUAUGAAAUUGUAUGCACUCACUACUGUAAGUCGCUCUGGAUAAGUGUCUGCUAAAUGACACACAAAAAGGGCCUUAAAUGUUACCCAGAAAGUAUUUGAUAUUGACAUAAAAACGGCUACAUUGAACCUCAGAAGUUUUGGGGCAGAGAAAAAACAUAAACAUUAACACAUUUUACAAAUUUUGCCAUGGGGUGGAGAUAUUUUUGCAGUUAUAAAGCUAAUUUCCUGUAAUUCUACACAUUGAAAUGACUUUAAAAAAAUCAAAUGGGGCCCCCUUGGAGGUCAGAGACCCUGUGCAUGUGCCCUCGGUAUUUGGCCAAGUUUAGAUCGCUGGCUAGACUAGCUACCAAUCUAAACACUGUUAGCUGACAUAGUUAAUUGAGUGACUGACAUAAGAGAAACUGCUGUUGCACAACACAUUUUUAAAUUGCAGCUGGUAUAUUCUUCUAUUCUUACUCUCAAUAAGUCAAGACCAGGCUGAGUUCCUUUUCUGGGGGGAAUCAUAGGCCCUAAGUGACCACUUAUGCCUGGAAACGGAAUUGCAGGAGUGUCAGGCAAGUUUAUGAUUCUGCUCACCCCAGGACCUUACCUGAUCAGGAUUAGUGGACAGGAUCGCCAAUGCAUAGGAAACAGACUCGUUCCUUUUGAGAGAAUGUUUUACAAGGACAAGGCCAGGAUUAAAUCCAAUCUGCAGUAGCCUGGUUAGCUGAAAAAACACAUUGCUCGUUUUGGGGAUCGGAUGUGUAACUGCUUUGAUUAGAUUGAAUCCUGACCUUAACAUUUACAUUACAUUUAAGUCAUUUAGCAGACGCUCUUAUCCAGAGCGACUUACAAAUUGGUGAAUUCACCUUCUGACAUCCAGUGGAACAGCCACUUUACAAUAGUGCAUCUAAAU